AUUGGCUAUAAGAAUUUUCAAGCCAUGGCGGGAAUAAACAAUUAUCACAAUGAGGCCCUCCGAAAAGCAAGAAUACUUCAACGCCAGCGUGACGCUGCCAAACAACAAUUAGAAAUGACACAUAGUCGGAAUGAAGGGAUUUCUGCUCAAAAACUUGAAACUGUAAGAAAGCCUGAUAGCGAACUAACAGCAAUGAGUGGCGAAAGACGCAGCAAUGGUAUCUAUCGAGUCAUCUAUCCGGGUUCGGAUAAUCGGGAAUACACCGAAAAUUCAUUGAAGAAGAAUAGAAGAAUUAUUGCCAAUGCUACAAAAUACGAUAUUCGUAGUAAAGUCAACGGAGAAUGGGAUGUAGAAAUUUUACGACAGUUGAACGAAGAUAAUUAA